UGUCUACUUUCUAAUGGCAUUAUUUAUGUGUCGAUAGGAUAGGUUUUUCAUAGGUUUUGAGUGAGUUUUCCAAAACCUCUAUAAAAAAAAAUGACUUUUUACACUUGUUUUUAACCUAUUUUUGUUUUCUUUUUUCUUCUCUGCUAUCUGAUGUUUUUUAGUUAAAACUUUUCUCUAAAAUAGGACCAGUUAUUUACCGCCAGUUCGUAAUCGCUCAGCUUGUAAAAACUCAAAAAAAAAUAUCAAAUAGCAGAGAAGAAAGAAAACAAAAAUACGUUAAAUACAGCGUCAGGUCUAGAAGUGGCCUACAAUGAUUUGAUUAAACGUUAUAGUAAACAAAAGCCGAAGAUAAAUAUAGUGGGAUUUUGAGAUUUCACAAAUUUAACAAUGGUAAAUAUCCAGACAUUCUAUCCAAACCAUGAAAUCAUUGCCAUUAAUACUGAUGAAAAAUUCUCAAAAUAUCUAUUGUCUACAAACAGCAUUCUUGCAAUUUCCAGGUUACUUUUAUUAGUCAGACACAUUUCGUUUUUUGCAAAAAUUUGCAUUAAAAACUCUGAUUGAAGUCACGCAUAGCGAUUGUGUCAUUCGAAUUAUAUAAGUUAUGAACAGCUCUUAGUUCCGAAUAACGUGUUCGAUGUAUUGUUGUUGACUAUUAGUAAAAAAACCGUAUUGAAAAUAAAUAAAUAAAAUGAGGUGAAAAGAAUAAUAUACAAUGUUAUAUUUAUAAAAAUUAUUGGAAUAAUUAUUCUUAGUGCAUUAUAUAAGUUUCUUAUUAGAUGUAUAUGCAUAGAAAGCACCAGCAUUUACUUUGUUUUUUGAAUGUUCACUAGUAAAAUAAGGUCUUCGGCAUAUUUAGCUAGGAUUCUGAUCGCAAUUUCUGCUGUUUCUUUAAGUUCGAUAAUAUUGUGUGAAAAUCUUUUUUCUAAUGCUCCUGAUAUAACAAUAGAAAGGUCGUCGGGGAAAAGAUGGUACACGAGAUUCAUAAAAAGAGAGGGGAGAAAAUCAUCAACAGUUUUUACUCCAUUUAAACUAACAACUGGAAAUGGUGAUAAUCAAGAACCUGAACGAACAGCUAAUGUAUAUUACGGUCGUGUUGAUAUGUCUUAUAAAUUAUAUUUUUUAUUGUUUGUUGAUCUUAUUGUUGAUAUGACAGACGAAAAGACGAAUGAAUUAUCGAAACAAGAUUGGUUGAGAGAACCAAUAGAACUUUUUAUUACUGAAAGUGAUAAAAAGUUUUGUUUAAAUUUUGAACGAACGUAUGAAUCACAUCAAGCACUUGUAUCGUAUACAAAAGGUACAUUGUUCUAUCCAUUAUUGCAUAAAAUAUGUCGACAGAAAAGUAUUGAAUGGCUUGUUUCAUACCGUUUCUUCAUUAGUGAUGUAUAUAAACAAACAAAGAAAUCAGCAAUUUAG